AGCCUGCCUGGGAGCCCCAGCUGCCGGCCCCGACGAGGCGCUGUCGCUCGUCCUCCCUCGCCGGGACAGCCGAGGGCUACCCAGGGAUAUCAGUCGCCGGCACCUAGUGGUGCAGGAAGCCGUCGCUGCCCGCCCGCAUCGCUCUCCCCGCAGGCUGGCUCUGAGACAGACCUUUGCCAUGGGGCCGGCAGCGGUUCUCUUCCUCCUCCUCGCACUCGGCACCUCGGAAGCUAAGCGUGCCGCAGAGUCCAGGAGUGAUGAUAACAGUGUCUUUGAUCUCUUUGAACUGAUUGGCUUCAUUCGGAAGGGAGCUGGCCGCCGGGCACCUGGGGUGCACCUGGUGAAGGGACCAGAAUCCUCCAGCCCUGCUUAUCGCAUUGAAGAUGCUGCUCGCAUCCCUGCUGUCCCUGACUCCAAGUUCCAAGACUUACUAGAUGCCAUCCAUGUCGAGAAGGGCUUCAUCCUCUUGGCUACUCUGCGGCAAGCCAAGAAGAGCAGAGGCACACUGCUGUCUGUGGAACAGAAAGAUGGCUCUGGUCACAUCUUCAGUCUAGUAUCAAAUGGCAAGGCAGGCACCCUGGACCUGAGCCUGUCUGGUGAUGGCAAGCAGCAGCUCAUCUCGGUAGAGGAUGUCUUGCUAGCUACAGGACAUUGGAAGAAUAUCACCCUGUUUGUGCAGGAGGACCGAGCUCAGCUCUAUGUGGGGUGUGAGAAAAUGGAGAAUGCUGAACUGGACAUCCCCAUCCAGAACAUCUUCACCAGGGACCUGGCCAGCAGUGCCAGGCUCCGUAUUGCCAAAGGGGGAGUCAAUGACAACUUCCAGGGACUGCUGCAGAAUGUGCGAUUUGUGUUUGGAACGACUCUGGAAACUAUCCUGAGGAACAAAGGCUGCUCCAGCUCCACCAGUGCCACCAUCACACUGGACAACCCCAUCAAUGGCUCCAGCCCAGCUAUCCGCACGAAUUACAUCGGCCAUAAGACCAAGGACAUCCAGGCAGUCUGUGGCUUCUCCUGUGAUGAGCUGACAAACAUGUUUGUGGAGCUGCAGGGGCUCCGCUCCAUGGUCACCACGCUGCAAGACAGAGUGCGCAAAGUGACUGAAGAAAACGAGCUCAUUGCCAAAGUGGUCCAGAUCACUCCAGGAGUGUGCAUUCAUAAUGGAAUCUUGCACAAAAAUAAAGAAGAGUGGACUAUUGACAGCUGCACUGAAUGUACCUGCCAGAACUCGGCCACCAUAUGCCGCAAAGUGUCCUGUCCUCUCAUGCCCUGCUCCAAUGCCACUGUGCCUGAUGGGGAGUGCUGCCCCCGAUGCUGGCCUAGUGACUAUGCAGAUGAUGGAUGGUCUCCCUGGUCCGAAUGGACUUCCUGUUCUGUGACCUGUGGCAAUGGGAUUCAGCAGAGGGGGCGAUCCUGUGACAGCCUCAAUAACCGCUGUGAGGGGUCUUCUGUACAGACCCGGACUUGCCACCUGCAGGAGUGUGAUAAGAGAUUUAAACAGGAUGGUGGCUGGAGUCACUGGUCACCAUGGUCAUCGUGCUCUGUCACUUGUGGCACGGGCAUCAUCACUAGAAUUCGUCUCUGCAACUCUCCAGUACCACAGCUGAAUGGCAAACCUUGCGAGGGUGAGGCAAGAGAGAACAAAGCUUGCCAGAAAGAUCCUUGCCCAAUUAAUGGCAACUGGGGACCAUGGUCUCCAUGGGAUGCUUGCACAGUGACAUGUGGAGGAGGGCUUCAGAAACGCAGCCGCCUCUGCAAUAAUCCUGAGCCUCAGUACGGUGGGAAGGCUUGUGUGGGGGAAGCCAGAGGGACUCAGGUCUGCAACAAGCAGGACUGUCCAAUUGAUGGGUGCCUGUCGAACCCCUGCUUUGCGGGCACAACGUGUACCAGCUCCCCUGAUGGCUCCUGGAAGUGUGGUGCCUGUCCUGUUGGCUACCAUGGUGAUGGCAUCCACUGUCAAGAUAUUGAUGAGUGCAAAGAGGUUCCUGAUGCCUGCUUUGUCUUCAAUGGAGUGCACAGGUGUGAGAACACCGAACCUGGCUACAACUGCCUGCCUUGUCCGCCACGCUUCACUGGGACGCAGCCCUUUGGCCGUGGUGUUGAGGAUGCCAUGGCUAACAAACAGGUGUGCAAGCCACGUAACCCAUGCACAGAUGGCACACACGACUGCAACAAGAAUGCCAAGUGCAACUACCUUGGCCACUUCAGUGAUCCCAUGUACCGCUGUGAGUGCAAACCAGGCUAUGCUGGCAAUGGCAUCAUCUGUGGAGAAGACACUGACCUGGAUGGGUGGCCCAAUGAGAACCUUGUCUGUGUGGCCAAUGCCACUUACCACUGUAAAAAGGAUAACUGCCCUAAUCUGCCCAACUCUGGGCAGGAAGACUAUGAUAAGGAUGGGAUUGGUGAUGCCUGUGACAAUGAUGAUGACGAUGAUGGAAUUCCUGAUGACCGGGACAACUGUCCCUUCAUCUACAACCCCCAGCAGUAUGACUAUGACAGGGAUGACGUUGGUGACCGCUGUGAUAACUGCCCCUACAACCACAACCCUGACCAGACUGACACUGACAACAAUGGAGAAGGAGAUGCCUGUGCAGUGGAUAUUGAUGGAGAUGGUGUCCUCAAUGAAAGGGACAACUGCCAGUAUGUCUACAAUGUAGACCAGAGGGACACAGACCUGGAUGGUGUUGGAGAUCAGUGUGACAACUGUCCUCUGGAACACAAUCCUGACCAGGAAGACACAGAUUCUGACCUCAUAGGUGAUCAGUGUGACAACAACCAGGACAUCGAUGAAGAUGGCCAUCAAAAUAACCUUGAUAACUGCCCCUAUGUGCCCAAUGCCAACCAAGCUGACCAUGAUAAGGAUGGAAAAGGUGAUGCCUGUGACCAUGACGAUGACAACGAUGGUAUCCCUGAUGACAAAGACAACUGCAGAUUGGUUGCCAACCCAGAUCAGGCUGAUUCAGAUGGUGAUGGACGUGGAGAUGCUUGUAAAGAUGACUUUGACCAAGACAGUGUGCCAGAUAUUGAUGAUAUCUGCCCUGAAAAUGUGGAGAUCAGUGAGACUGACUUCCGAAAAUUCCAGAUGAUUCCCCUGGAUCCCAAAGGAACAUCCCAAAAUGAUCCCAACUGGGUUGUUCGCCACCAGGGUAAAGAACUGGUUCAGACAGUCAACUGUGACCCUGGCCUUGCAGUUGGUUUUGAUGAAUUCAAUGCUGUAGACUUCAGUGGCACCUUCUUCAUCAAUACAGAGAGGGAUGAUGAUUAUGCUGGCUUUGUAUUUGGCUAUCAGUCCAGCAGCCGCUUCUACGUUGUCAUGUGGAAGCAGAUCACCCAGUCUUACUGGGACUCCACACCAACCAAAGCUCAAGGCUACUCAGGUCUCUCCAUCAAAGUUGUGAAUUCCACCACUGGCCCAGGAGAACACCUUCGUAACGCUCUGUGGCACACAGGAAACACCCCUGGCCAGGUGAGAACCCUGUGGCACGACCCUCGGCACAUCGGCUGGAAAGACUUCACUGCGUACAGGUGGCGCCUUAGCCACAGGCCAAAGACUGGCUACAUCAGGGUCGUUAUGUAUGAAGGGAAGAAAAUCAUGGCAGACUCGGGACCCAUCUAUGACAAAACGUAUGCUGGCGGGCGGCUAGGACUGUUUGUCUUCUCUCAAGAAAUGGUCUUCUUCUCGGACCUGAAAUACGAAUGCAGAGAUCCAUAGUCCCAAGCUCAUUGGAUCCAGAGACUCUAACACUGCUGGUAUUGCACCUUCUGAAACUGUUAGCCUUAAAAAUCCUGGGACCAUUGUAUUAUUCCCUCCUGUCUCCUUUCUGUGCAAAUGUGGACUCAAACACAUCAUCUGCCUCAAGAGAUUGCUUUUGAGAACGAGAGUGAAAACCUCUGCUGAAGUGGAAGGAAGCAAGUGUGUCUUGCAAGUGAGAAUUGUCUUUCCUGAACAAGCACACUUCUUUCGGUUGGAAGGACAUCUGUUUGCUGGUGAGCACAGUGUGGUGUCACUGCCUCCAACUGGAGCUCCCAUGGAGUAGCAUCUUGCUCAAAACAUCUUUGGAUGUGCUGUGGACUACUUAACUGAAGACCUUUCAUUGUGUGGGGAAAAGGGGAUGUGGGUGGGAGGGUUUUGUUUUCUUUGUGGGGGAGAGGAGUUAUUUUUUAACAGCUGUGCUACCUUGGUUUACAUCCAUUUAACCUGGAUAAACUCCUGCUCCAUGUCAUACCUUCUGGAGGAAAGCAGACUUUACUCUAGUUGUGGUGAGCCAGAUCAGCUGUUCUAUUGCACAGGACAAAGCAGAUCUCCUAAAACUCAUUUCCAUGGUGGGAAAGAGGAGGAGGAUCACACUAGCUUUGGGAGAAGUGGGAUUUACACUUUGGUUCUGUGUUUUUCCUGAUCAGAUGCAGAUCUUUCUCACCUUUUUUAAUGUUCUCUUCAGCUAUGGUGCCAAGAAAUGCCACCAUCUCAGCCGGCACUGUGCUGUCCUUAGAAACCCAGCACAUGCUUCACUUUUUAUGGUUAAAAAGGCACAAAAAUAACACAUUCCUCUUCUACAUGCCAUAGAUGCUUUAAACCCCUUCCUUCUCUGGGGGAGAGGGAAAGGGGCCUAUAGAUGAAAUACUGCAAUUGUAAAAUAUUUAUUUUUACUUAUCCUGCACAUUUUAAUGACCGAGGGAGUCCUGAUCCAAACGAGAAGUGCAUCAACUCUAUCCACCUGCUCCUUGUUACAAGUCUUCAGGACUAUAAGAGUGUAAAUACAGAUUAUUUAUUGACUCUGGUCUAUAGUGCAACUAGAUGGUGUUUAGAUGAGAAAAAAAAACCAGUCUUGGAUGGAGCAGUCAGUGGUGAUCUGUUGGUUACAAAGAGCACUUUUCCCAUGAAGGCUCUGAGGCACAGGGCAAAGUGGCAGGGUAGGGAAUGGGAUGUUUGUUUUUCUCAGUCUGAGCUCAGUGCUGGCUUUGCCUUUCUAUGCAGGGCAGCUGGUAGCCUGGCAGGCAACUGCUCUGCAGGGCUAAAAGGCAAGUCUCUUCAGCUGGUGGCAGUUCCUGUCUCACCCACAGCACUAGAGAAAAGAGGAUGUCACACAGCCUCCCAGUGGCUGUUCAGGGCUGGGAAAUGGCUGCAAUGCUUUGCCAUUGCUCGGUGGUCUCAUACAAAACCAGAACACCUGUGCUGAGGGGAUGGCAGAGAGGGGCACAAUGACUGCAGUCAGCCACCAUGCUGACUGCUUGUGCUGCUGCACACUCAUCAUUGUGACUGGGGCCCUGCAGCUACAAAAGAAGGAACAGUUCCAGGAGCUCCUUGCAACAGAAGGAGAGGGCAUGGUGCACACGACAAGGCUUUUCCCUAGCAGAAGAGAGAGCAUCCUUAGGAUUGCCUUCUCUCUUCAAGAAAGGAAAAGAACUGAAGACAGUGAAAGUUUUACAUACAAAUAUUACCUCAUUGUGUGGCUGAGAAAAACGUUUGGAGUAAGCAGAGUUAAAAGUCUAAGAAACUCUAAAGCUACUGUAGUACUAAAACCUUAAUGCUGUACAUAGUCAACAGUUCUUUGCAUAAAGUCUUCCCAGUAAGGAAACGACAUUGGAAAAAAGAAAAUGUCCAAUACAAUUUCUGAUGUUGUGUUAUUUUUUCUCCUGUCACCUUGUGCCCCAUUGCUUGUGUUUGUAUAAAUUAUUGUACCAGUUAAUCACCUCCUCAUGUAGAUAUGCUAUUUAAAUAAUUUAUCAAGACCUGCUCCCUGUAGAGAUAGGAUUUCUAUUUUUAUAAAAGGUUUGCCCUGAAGAGCUGUUGUUUGGUUUUUUUGCUUCCCUCCUGAGGUUUUUGCUAGCAUCAUUUUCUAAGAAUGUGCUUUUUUGUAAACAUUUUUAACCAUUUUCCAUGUUAAAGUUGUGUUAAUUGUCCAGUAAAGCUUGUUACAUACAAAGAACAAUAAACCAUCAAGGAUGCUUAUCUGUA